AUGUCACAUCGGCGAAUUCUCGGAAUGGACACCGCCGGUCCACCGCGAUUGAAUAUGCGGUGUAUUGUUUCUCGCAUCACGAUACAGGCCUUCCUACAUUUCAUAACCGCACUCUUCUCCGGUCUCACGUCGGGCUCUGUCGUAUGCGAAAUGCUUCUCCCUCUACCUGGGCAUCAUGAUGGGGAUACAGACUCUCCAGUUUCGCCUAUUCACUUCUCCAUGGCCUGCUCCGGGAAGUAUUCUCUUAUGACGGUAUGCGCCCUUGUGACAGCGUAA